AUGAUGUCUGUUACUGUCGCUGCCCCCACUUCCUCCGCUGCGGGAGCCUAUCUUUCACGAUCGUCACGGCGGCGAUUCACGGUGGCUCUUCGAUCUGAUGUGUCAGUCACCCCAACUAGAAUAUUGACGAACCUGAAGCAUGAGUGUGCCACUCCUCUGCCCCUUCUUCAGCAAGUGGCCAAAGCCAUGUCUGAUGACAUGCGAGCUGGGCUUGGGCUUGGGCCUGGGUCUGAGCUCGGCCUUCCCAUGAUACCCACCUAUGUUGAAAAUCUUCCCACUGGGAAUGAGAAAGGGUUGUUCUAUGCCUUGGAUCUUGGUGGAACAAACUUCCGCGUGCUGAGGGUGCAGUUGGGUGGGAAAGAUGAGCGUGUUAUCGCCACUGAGUUCGAUCAAGUUUCCAUACCUCAGGACCUCAUGUUUGCGACAUCUCAGGAAUUGUUUGAUUUCAUUGCAUCGGGGCUUGCAAAAUUUGCGUCGAAGGAGGAUGGUAGAUUUCAUAUCUCAAAGGGAAGAAAGAGAGAGAUUGGAUUCACGUUUUCAUUUCCUGUGAAGCAGACAUCUAUUGAUUCUGGCAUACUAAUCAAGUGGACAAAGGGUUUUGCAGUCUCUGGAACAGCAGGAAGAGAUGUGGUUGCUUGUCUGAACGAGGCAAUGGAAAGACAAAGAAUAGAUAUGCGAGUUUCUGCUCUGGUGAAUGAUACCGUGGGAACAUUAGCGGGAGCAGAAUACUGGGACAAUGAUGUUGUGGCUGCUGUCAUUUUGGGUACUGGAACCAAUGCUUGCUAUGUUGAGCAGAUCAGUGCCAUUCCUAAGUUACAGGGCUAUGCCUCUUCUUCUGGCAAAAUGAUCAUUAGCACUGAGUGGGGAGCUUUCUCAAAUAGUCUUCCAUUAACCGAGUUUGAUAGGGAAAUGGAUGCUGCUAGCAUCAAUCCGGGUGAGCAGAUCUUUGAAAAGACAAUCUCAGGAAUGUACCUAGGUGAAAUCGUUAGACGAGUUCUACUGAAAAUGACUGAAGAGGGUGGUUUGUUUGGCAAAUCUGUUCCACAAGAACUGUCUACACCUUUCAUACUCGGGACCCCAGAUCUAUGUACCAUGCAGCAAGACUGUUCUGGCGAUUUACAUGCAGUUGGGUCCCUCCUUUACGAUAUAGCAGGGGUUGAAUCCAAUUUAAGUGAAAGAAAAACAGUUUUAGAGGUUUGUGAGACUAUUGUAAAGAGAGGUGGGAGCUUAGCUGGUGCAGGAAUUGUGGGGAUUUUAGAAAAAAUGGAAGAGGAUCAGAGAGGUCUCAUCUUUGGAAAUGGUAACAGAAGUGUUGUUGCCAUAGAUGGGGGCUUGUACGAAAAUUAUCCUCAAUACAGGGCUUAUUUGCAAAGUUCAGUCAAAGAGCUGCUAGGGAUUGAAAAGUCAAAGAAUGUGGUGAUAGAGCAUACAAAAGAUGGAUCUGGCAUAGGAGCUUCUCUUUUGGCUGCUUCAAACUCCAUCUACAAACAAAACUUAUAG